GGGCGUCAGGAUGGAUGCAGUGAAAGUUUGAGGAUGCCCCUGGAACACGCGCGCACACCUCCCACCCUGGCUUUCCCCCCCGCUGGGAUCUCGUUGCGUGACGCCGGUGCGUGUGGAGCCGCCCCUCUUCUUCCUCCUCCUCCUCCUCCUCCCCUGCUGCGGGUGAAGCCUCGGUGGUUUGUUAUUGAGCGACCCGCGGGCGCAGCUCGCUGCGGGGGUGGGACUUGCUUUCUGCAACAGAGAUGCGGCUCUCCAGACGGACGGACGGACGCGCGCCUCUGAGCGGAGGAUAGACCCUCAUCCCGCGCGCCUCCCGUCUGACCACCGACCAUUCCACCUCCAGAUGCGCUGAAGCAGCUCCAGUGGCCACCGUCUUCCCUCAUCUUCCUCCUCUUCAGGCCAGCCAAGCACCGCCCGAGCCAGUGGAUGGAGAGAGGCGCCUAAGACGGGAGAGCGGUGGAGCAGGUCUGCUCUCCUCCUCUUCCUCAUUCAUCCCCACUGCAGCAAAAGAAAGUCCGGCCGGCUCCAGCACCAUGUCCUCAGCUCAAAGUGGGGAUAUAUCGAGCUACCAACUGAGUGUGGUGCGAAACCCUCCAGGCUGGGAGGUGGGAAUCUACCUCGUGGGUUUCCUCGUCCUGCUGGGUGCAGCCGGCUUGAACAUCUGGAAGUUGUGGAAGUCUGGGACCUUCCCCGCGCCGUCUCCGUUCCCUAACUUUGACUAUCGAUAUCUGCAGGAAAAGUAUGGAACGUCCUUCUCAGAAGUCAGACAGAAGCGAGUGGCUGCCAGCAACCACCGCCGUACCUCCACCACCUCUAGCCGUAAGCCCAGCCUGGCAUUGGGUGAUGCCCCAGAUGCCUUCAGAGACCUGGGCCACCUGGAGCUGAUGAGCAGGGAGCUGGAUGCCACGGGCUUGGCUCAACUCAACCGAUCCGUCUCCACAGACUCCCUCAGCUCCAUCUCCUCCAUUGCCCACAACUUUGGGCAUGACUUCACAGUGGGCCAGCUGGAGGUGACGCUGGAGUUCGAGCCGUCACGGCAGCCGGGACACGGGCCGGGCCUGCUGCACAUCAGCCUGCACCAGGGCAAAGACCUGCUGGAGAAAGAGGAAGGGGACUUCCCGGGCUGCUUCAUCAGAGUCUCUCUGGGGCCAGAAGAGCUCAGUGUGGGAGUGACGAGAGUCCAGACCAAUGCAUUCACCGUGAUCUUUGACGAGCGCUUCUCCGUCCCCAUGGACCUGUCCUCCCUGGAGGAGUACAGCCUGCGCUUUGCUGCAUUUGGGAUUGACUCUGACGAGAGAAACAUCAGCGCAGGCGUGGCCGAGCUCAAGCUGUUGGACCUAGAUCUCACUAUCAGACCUUUCAACGCCUGGCUCUACCUUCAGGAUGUCAACAAGGCUGUUGAUGCAGUCGGGGAGAUCCUGCUGUCUCUCAGCUAUCUGCCAACAGCGGAGCGCCUCACUGUGGUUGUCGCCAAGUGCAAGAACCUGGUGUGGACCAACGAGAAGAACACAGCAGAUCCUUUUGUUAAAGUUUAUCUCCUACAAGACGGCAGGAAGAUCAGCAAGAAGAAGACGUCGACUAAAAGGGACGACACAAACCCCAUCUUCAACGAAGCCAUGAUCUUCUCCGUUCCGUCCCUCGUCCUGCAGGAGCUCUCCCUGAGGGUGACGGUGGCAGAGGCCACGGACGACGGCCGAGGCGAGAACCUCGGUCACGUGAUCAUCGGCCCCGAAGCCAGCGGGAUGGGGAUCACCCACUGGAACCAGAUGCUGGCCACCCUGAGAAAGCCCGUGUCAAUGUGGCACCCUCUGCGCAGAAUAUAGCCGCCCACUUGCUGCACAUUCGGACGACUCCGUCUCCAGUUGAUCGUCUCCAUGUGAAGAUGUGUUGCCGUGUUCCAAUUAGAUAUGUGAUGGUCGUCUAUUCUGUGCCAUAAGCACUUGAGACCUGAAUGUUUAAAGCCUCAUCUCGCUUCAGGUACAGGUUUCAGGUGACGCUGGUGUUUGAGAUGCUUGCAGGUGAUUGGUGAGUCCAAAAGUGGUGUGUCUCUUUCAUCCUCACCUCACUCCUAUAGCUGUUUGAAACUCAAAAGGCAGGAAGAAGCAAUAUAUGAACAUUUUCCCCCUCACAAAUUUAAAUGAAUCACUUCAGUUCUGGACAUUUGGGCGAUUCAUAACAAACAAAAACAAAUGACCCCAUUUCUGCAUGGUGCCCACUCCGGCUUUAGCCUUCCAUGGAUGUAAAUGGGGUGAGCAGUGGAAAGGCUGGGGUUCAUUCUCCUUCAGGACAGCACUCCUCUGUUCAUUCGGUACCAGAAUUCAGUUCAGCCUCUUAGAUUUGCUUGUGUUAUUUGUUAACGGUGACACUGACAAACAGUAAUGAUUUGUUGGUUUGUUCAAUAUUUAUUGUGCUUUUCGUAAAAACAUCCAGGUACUCUUAUCCAGGUGUAAAAAUGUAAUUUGUAGCAGUUUUUUUUAUUUUUUUUUUAUUUUUUUAUUUUAAGCCAAAAUUAGCUGCAGCCCUUAACACUGUAAAUAGUGUUUUUCAACAAUGUUCCUUAUUUUCUUCAAAGUACAGAUUGAAAAUCAUCUUUUUCAGUGUAUUACUAACUGUAAACACCAAAUUUCACUCAAAAAUAUACAUAAAACAAAUUUGUGAUGACUGAAUAUUCACUUAUUUCUGGAACAAUUCUGGUAAUAUUAUCUAUGAUCUUAAAGACCCACUUUGAUCAUCUUUUGAUCCAUUUUUAAAUUGUUCUCAGUUGUCUUUUAAUUGUGAUUUUUGCCAUUUUUAGCCAAAAUCAAAAAGCUGUUUCAUUUUCUAGGACAUAGUUUCUGCAGAGCAGCAGUAAUUCAUUAGAAAUUCACCUCUGACUUGUGGACGGGGCUGUUGCCACAAAGCACCCCCCCCUUCCCUUCCCCACAGCGUUGUUGGCAAAAGCAUCUUCUUCCUGUAAAUCUGUAUUCAAUAUUCUUUUCAUAUAAAUUUUUAGGAGGUGGCGGUGGGAUAAAAAGAGAAAAGUCAGUGUAGUAGCUCACAAAGUGUUUUAACUGUUCUUUAUGAAAGUAAACUCAUUCAUUUUCUAUGCCGCUUUAUCCCUUUCGGGGUCACGGGGCUGCCGGAGCCUAUCCCGGCCACUUGUGGGCAAAGGCAGGGGGGACACCCUGAACAAGUCGCCAGUUUGUUGCAGGGUAGAAUGUCCUCACUCACACACCCAUUCACUCUCACACUCACACCUACGGUCAAUUUUGAGUUGCCAAUUAACCUAUGAAGCAUGUUUUUGGAUGGUGGGAGGAAGCCAGAGACCCCAGAGAGAACCCACGCAUGCACGGGGAGAACAUGCAAACUCCACACAGAAAGGUCCCCCAUUGAUGUUGUGUUUUUCAUGUCCCCCAGCCGGGACUUGAACCGGGGGCCUUCUUGCUGUGAGGCAAGAGCGCUAACCACUGCGCCACCGUGGCCCGCGGUGAUAGUAAACUAUCAGGCAAAAUACCCAACUCAUGGUUAUCAGUCAUGUAAAGUUUCAUAACGUGCCAAGUAAUAAAGCAAUAUUUUCAUUUACAAUCAAUGUCUCCAACAACAACUGUAGCCUACAUAAAGUCAUGCAUGAAGUUAGUUAGAAUUUGAUGUGAAUGUGCCUCAUGAAUACAGUGUACCGCGUGAAUGCUGUUUCAAAUAAAAGCAGUUCAAUGAUAACACUGGACACAUGUUUAUAUUUUGGCAAAGGCAACAGUAUGAAAUAAAAGAUUAAGAGAAA